AUGCCUGCCCCGGUGCGACAAUUUUUGAAGGCUGUUGAGGAGCAUGAGGACGCUGAUUCGUCCAGUGAUGGAGCAUUUGAUUUUGCAGAUGGUGACAAUCUCAUCUCGUUGUUGGAUGCAUUCGGAAUAAAUCCCUCAAGAGCUCCAAGCCCAGGCGCGCCUCGCAAAAAACGUAUGGCGUACAGCCUUCUCCAGCUCGCCCUUGCGGCUGCCUGGGAGGCAUAUCGACUCGACACCUCUGACGAGGCGGAGGAGAUUAUGGAUGAGGACUCUGUAGGGAGCAUUUUUUUGCCAGUUUGGGAUCAGUAUCAAGACGUUUGCAAGGUGUUUUGGAAUGCGCGCACAUCGCGCACCACCCGCCCUACUCCUGAAGAAACUCAGUGCGCGGCACCUCCGACGGUCUUUCUGCCUGUUGACACCACGCCUGACCCGCCCGUCUUACUGGCCCAGGCCGGCACUCUGCGUCUGCCCCUCGAGCCUGCUGUCAACACCAAGGACAUGCUCCCUCCCCAAGUGCCUGUCUUGCAUACAAUAGUAACCAAGCCAUCCCCACGCCGUAACCCCAAGACCUCGCGCGCCCCUCGCCAGCGACGCCAAGAGCAGAAUGGCCCCCUUGCGCCCUUCCGCUCUUCCGGUUGGACACGGCCCCGUACUCCACCCUUGUCUGCCCCCCCUUUCUUUUCACCCAGCCCCUCCAUUUGCAACACACCAUUGGCUGCGCCUCGCCAAUCUGCGGGUCCGUCAUGCUCUCAAUGGGAUGACUUCGCAACGUCUUCGUCUGGGUUCUCCUCGGCUCGCUCUCGCCCGUAA